AUGCAAAAGUAUUUGGAAAAGACGGGCGAAAUCAAGUUCGAACGGAUAUUCAAUGAGCGUUUAGGCUUUCUGUUGCUGAAAGACUUUGCAGAAAAUAUUUCUGAAGCUCCAUGUCAACAAAUCAAAUUUUAUGAAGCGAUUAAAGAAUACGAAAAGAUGGGAACUGCCGAAGAACGUCUGAUAAAAGCUCGAGAAAUUUACGAUCAUCACAUUAUGGUGGAAAUGCUCGCCCAUUCACACAAUUACUCAAAGGAAGCAUUGCAACAUGUUCAGAGCAAUAUUAUGAAAAACAACGUACGACCUGAUCUAUUUCAACCCUAUAUAACAGAAAUAUGUGACCAGCUGGAAAAUGGCGUUUUUCAGAAAUUUCUGGAAAGCGAUAAAUUUACACGGUUUUGCCAAUGGAAAAAUUUGGAGCUAAAUAUGCAAUUAACAAUGAAUGACUUUUCUGUGCAUCGAAUAAUCGGACGUGGAGGUUUCGGAGAGGUUUACGGCUGUCGUAAAGCUGAUACUGGGAAAAUGUGA